ACGUGAUCCGCACACAUUCACCUUAGAGGCUAGUGUCGACAGUGAGCUUUCUCUUUUGCACCUUGCUUCAAAACACCCGCAACCGUCAUUAUGCCUGCCGAAGUCUCCGAUAUCAAGCAGUUCAUUGAGAUCUGCCGCCGGAAGGAUGCCUCCUCCGCCCGCAUCAAGAAGAACGGCAAGAACCAGCAGACCAAGUUCAAGGUCCGCUGCCACCGCAACCUUUACACCCUUGUCCUGAAGGACUCCGACAAGGCCGACAAGCUCAAGCAGAGCCUGCCCCCUGCCCUCAAGGUCGUCGAUGUCACCAAGGGCACCAAGAAGACCAACUAAAUUCGGUAACAAUGGAAUGAAUGGAGAUCGGAGUGCGGCGUGAUUGGUUGUCGAUGCAUGCAAGACCAACUGUUGGAGGGAUACAUGACACGGGCUUGGUCCCUCUGUGAGCCGACACGGGGAAAACUCCGUGGCGUGGAACAUGAAUUUUACGUCGGGGGAGUUUCUUUGCGCCUUUAAAACCGGCUGCUGUUAUUCACCGGUCAGGCGACUCGCAUUUUCUGGACGCACUCGAGGAAGGCCUUUGUCGGGGGUUUC